AGAAAAAAAGGAGACAUUUUCCUCCUGUCCAGUAGGAGCCGCAAUUCCACCAUUAAAAGUGGGUGAUUUCUGCCGAAAAAGCAUUGCGGAUUGUUUUGAACACCUUUACCCAUGGUUGAUAUUUAAAAAGUUCUAUUAUUUGCUAUUUUUAUGCAAUUAUCAUCAGCAUAAAUGACUGUUUACAUUGUGUAAACUUUCCGGAUUAGAGCUCGAGUUGAAAUAGACGGUCAACAAUGAUACACAAGUGUGUGAUCGGCGGCUGCCCGAACCGAUCGGACUCCAUUAUCCACUACAUGCUGCCGGAGGACCCGAGGAGACGCAGCCUGUGGAUGAAGUUUAUCGAGGACAGUGAAGCUGCUGUUGCUGUGGGAAGCGCAGGCUCUUCAUGGCGGGUGUGUGGAGAUCAUUUCUCGGAGGAGAGUUUCUUCACUCUGAAUCUGGGCUUUAGCACAUGCAGGAUCCUGAGCGUCGAUGCGGUUCCUACUGUUCAUCCUGCAGCCCGGACAGCCGAGAAAGAGACACCGGAAGCUGAAACUGAAAGCAUUGAAAACGACACAUGCAGCAUCACCAUUUCUGACACCAUUUCUCUGGCGUGCGUCAAAGACGAGCCCGUCGAAUAUGAGCUGAGCACCAAUGCCACACCAGGCCAAGAGCACAACUCCUCUCAGGACGAGGACAUGAAGGAUGAAGAGCUGGAGCAGGCUGUGACCAACGACAGCUUAGUCGUAGAGCCUAAAAAACAUCGCGCCAGCGCAAACUUAAUCAACUGUCCUAAAUGCAGCCAGAGGUUUCGCAGCAGACGCACGCUGAUGAAACACUGGCGGGCUCAUCACGCUAAGAAGAAACCCAAAUCUGAGCAGAAAGAGAAGUCAGGGCUUCAUUCAGAAGCCCCGAUGAAUCCAGAAGAUAAGUUCCUCUGUCGGCAGUGUGGAAAAGGCUUCGCGCAUCAGGCCUUUCUAAAAGCUCACAGGAAAGUCCACGAAAACGCUGAAUCAAGCAUGCCGUUCGCUUGCCAUUUAUGUCCCCGAAGAUUCGGCUACAAAGUGGCGUUUGCUGCCCACAUGAAGCAUCACUCGUCCAAACUGACGUGCGUGUGUCCCGUCUGCGAAAAAAGCUUCCAGUACAAAGGAUCUCUCGUUCAGCACCUCAAAUCGGCUCAUGCAGGAGAGCGUCUGUGCUGUAAGACCUGCGAUAGGAGCUUCCUGAGGGUCAGCGGCUUCAUUAACCACAUGGACAAACACAACGUCAUGACUCCGUUUUACUGCGACAUCUGCCAGAUCUACCUGUCGCAGAGGGGAUACUCUAAACACAUGCUCACCCACCAGCAGAAGGUCCAAGAGAGCGGCCCGGGAGAGUCGGUGGAGGAGAUGAUGGAGCCGCUCAGCGAAGAGGACAUGGACGAUUCACUGGAUUCAUCUGUGGUGGAGGAGGUGGAGACCGAAAAAGAGGCCCUGGAAAAGGAAGAGCUUCAGCAGGAUGAUCACGAGGAGCAGGAGAAGAGCGAGUGAGCUGCACUGUAAACAAUACCUGUCACUUAACAGUUUCUGUUUUUUGGGAUUCACAAGUGUUUUCUGUUUAUUUACGGUUGUGAAUUGCAUUAUGGGAUGUUAAUCUCUGUUCUGUCGACUUUUGAUGUUGAAAAUUCAACUGUACAGUUUAACAAAGUGACUUUUGUUGACAUUUUAGUAGUUUAAGAUGUAUAAGAAAUAAUAUUGAGAGAAUUAAGUCUGUGAAGUAACAGAAUAUGUACUGGCAGUUUAUUACAAGGUUAUUAUAUUGUAAUAUACUAUACAACACUAAAAAUAUAUCAUUUUAAACUAUUAAAAUUGUUAAUAAAAGUCACAUUUCUGAACUUUUCAAGGUUAAAAGUUGAAGAAGGAAUGCAAUUCAAAAGCAUAAAUAAAUAUAUAAUUAAAUGGGGAAAUAACAUGAAACACAAAUUAUGGCAAACUGCUAAUUUACAGAUAUUUGACUUUACAGUGUGAGGUGAUUUCUGUUUUUUUUUUAUCUGUGUGUGUUUUGGUAGGAUUUGGCCCUUCAUUAAAGAAAAAAAUAGUUAAAUUAAAGGGCUGGAUCACCCAAAAACGCAAAAUGUAUUCAUUAUUUACUCUUCCUCAAGUGGUUCUAAAAUCUUUGUGAGUUUUUUCUUCUGUUGAACACAAAAUAAGAUAUUUAGAAGAAGGCUGAAAACCUGUAAUCAUUAUUUAUAUCAGGAAAAACAAAUACUAUGGAAGCCAAUGGUUACAGCUUUUUCUUUAAAAUAACUUAUGAGGGAACUUGAAAGCGAGUAUUGAUAUUAUUGUCAGUUUGGGGUAAUACAAGUUUACUUUUAAAGCGAUAGUACACUUAAAAUCCUUUCAUUAUUUACUUUCCCUCAAGUGGUUCCAAAAUCUUUACGAAGUUCUUUCUUCUGUUCAACAGAAAAGAAGAUAUUUGAAGAAAGCUGAAAGCCUGUAAACAUUGACUUCCAUAAUAGGAAAAACAAAUACUAUUG